GGAGCUAUUUGUACGUCUCGAAGCUGGAGCUCUCGUACUUGUGUAUGCAGCGCUGAAGACAUCCGAAUAUAUAAACAUGGCGUCGUAAGUCAUCAGGCCUCCCUCAGGCUUCCAAUACAGGCUCUCAUCGUUUAUUGACGUCGCUGAUGAGUCUUCCUAGAACAUUUGUCAAUUGGAUCAAGUCCCCAGCGGGCAGACAAUACUUUUUCAGUACACAUUUCUGGGGACCGCUGGCCAACUGGGGUCUACCAAUCGCUGCGCUGUCAGACUUGGUCUACAGGGAUGAGGAGACUAUUUCAGGCGUCAUGAGUCCCACUCUGGCCAUGUACUCAAUGAUCUUCAUGCGCUUCGCUUGGCGAGUUCAACCUCGAAACUACCUCUUAUUUGCAUGUCACACGACCAAUGCUAUUGCCCAGACUAUUCAAGAAGGUAGAUUUAUCAACUAUCAUUACUUUGGAGGCAAGGAGAGAAAGCUUGAAAAGGGAGUAGAGGGAGUUGCUAUUAAGGCUGCAGAAGGCAUGGACAAGGCCAAGAGCAAAGUCAUGGAUGCUGUCAAGCAGGUCAAGGGAUGAGCGGUGGUGAUUGGAAAGCUUCCGAAGAGGGCGAGGAAGGAUGGUAUGGAGGCGGAGAAAGACCCUGAGGCUUGCAGUUGACUCAAGUCUGAUCAUAUGAGGUCACAGUGGUGAGAUGGAUGUAUGAUACAUACAUAGCCUUUGGGUGAUUCUAUCG